AUGGUUUUUGUUUUAGUUGACAAAGAAUUUAUUGAAGAACGUCGUCGAUCAUUAAAACGUUAUCUUCAAAUUGUAUGUCGACAUCCAACUAUUUGUGAAACAGAAAUUAUUAAAUUUUUUUUAACUUAUCAAGGAACAUCAUGUGGUGAUAAUAUGAAAGCAACAUUUAAGAAUGCACUUGAUGAAUUCAGUUGCGAACCACCAACGUCAUCUAGCUCUAUCGAUAGAAUCGAAAGACAUGAAGAAGAUUCAACUGGUAUUCGAAUGUUCCAUAUAAGUCAAACACAUAUAUCAUUUCUUCAGCUGCAGUUUUCUCAAAUUCGUACUUAUUUAAAAAAUAUAAAUGAACGAAAUUUUAAAACUGCUGAUGAAUAUUUAGCAAUUGAAAAAUCUUUACAAUUAAUAAGUACAGAUUCAACACGAAUUGAACGAUGGGCUACUGGUCUUAAUGAUUAUUGGCCAACAAUACAAAGUGGUCUUGUUGAAAUACCUGUUGAAAUAAAUGCUGUUGCAGAACGUAUUAACGAAGAAUGUAAACAUGAAGAUGAAGUUAUUAAUGACCAUCUUGAUAUGCUAAUUGAAUUACUGCAGGGAUAUAAAGAUUUAUGUAAACGAUUUGAAGAAGCAUUACAAAUUGAACAACGAGCCAUUCAAAAAGCAACAAAUCAAAAUAAACGCUCAUUAACAACAAAUGAAUCAUCAGCCAAAAAUGAUAAUAAUCUUAAUUUAAUUGAAAAACGUAAUAAUCAUGCACUUAAAUGUAUACAAACUGAAACACAAUUAAUCUAUGCAAAUUUAGAAGCAUUUGUUUAUAUAUUAAGUAGUUUAGGAAAUAUUCAAUAUAAAGUUUCAUCCGAUCUUCUUGACAUAUGGAAAUCAUUUUCGAAUAAAAUCUCUGAACUUGGACAAACAUAUCUUAAUAAAUCAUCAAUACAAAGAACAAAUACAAUUGGAUUAAAAAAUAAAUAA